AAACAAAAACAAAAAAACAUGGUCCUCACUUAUCUAUUAACGAAAGGUGAUAAUGUACAAAGAAACAUUAUGACAAUAUUUUAACAAAUAAAAAUUAGAAAACAAAAACAUGAUUACCCUCAAUCCAAUUUUUCACCGUUUCUUCUACCCAACAAACACCACCACCACAUUUAGUACAAUUCUUCAUCACAACAACAACAACAUAAGAAGAAGAAGUUGUGUUUUUCUAUGUCUCUGCACAAACUCCAAUGAUUCUAAUAGUAGUAGUAAUUCAGAACCUGAAGGUGAUGUUCAAAGUCAAGAACUAUUGGCUCAAAUUGCAAUGCUUCAAACACAAAAAGUUCGACUUACUGAUUAUUUAGAUGAGAGAUCUGAAUAUUUGACACAAUUUGGUGAAGAAGCUAAAGCUGAAAUUGAUAAGAUUGGUGAAGAUGCUCUUAAAGGUUUGGAUGAAGCUAGUGACAGAAUAACAGCAAACAUAGAGAGCCAGAUGCUAGCAUUUGAGGAAUCAAAUGAACUAAACAAAAAAGAUAUUGAAGAAAGUGAAAGCAAAGUAAUGGAGAUUGAAGGUCAAAUGGAAGUCGAUCGAAACGAAGGACUAUUCUUCAAGAAUUUAGGACAGAAAGGACCUUUGUUUGAUAAAGCAAAAGCAAAGGAAGAAGAUGAAAAGAUGAAAGAUGUGAUAACAAGAGAGAAAAAUGAAAGAAAAACAAGGAAAAAUGUUUACUUAUUCUUCAUUGGACUUUUGAGUUAUGGAAUGGUUGGUUCUAUUAAUGUUUCAUCAUUAAGUGAUACUGAUUGGAAGAAAGUUGCUGUUCUUGGUGCUAUUCUCUUGGCUUUGUUUUCUCAGUUCAUUUAUGAACAAAAUAAAGAUAACAAUAUGAAAGAUGAACAAUGAAGAGAAAGAAAAAGAACUCAAGUUUAUCUUUUUCUAUUAUUUUUGGUAAGAUUAGAAAUUUCAGUUUACGAGGAAAAUGUAUUGUGAAUAUGGAGCCUCAAUAGAGAGCUUAUGAAUUGGAGUUGAUAUAUCAAUCUACUUUUCUUAGACAUAAUAGUGAAUUUCUUCAAAU